GUCAUUGACUGUAUCUGCACAAUUUCCAGACGCCAAUUCGCCACGAAAAAGUUCCUGAAUUUCGGAAACAGACGAGAUCAGAAGCAAGAAAAAGGCUAAUUUGGGGAAGGAGACGAGUGAAGUGAUUUUCUGUUCUCGUUGCAAGAGCAGCGAAAGUAGAAUUGUGCUGAAAAUUUUCGGGCUUGGAACUUUUGCUUGAACGCCAACAAUGGUGUCUAUAGCGGCAGCUAAAGCAAACCCUUACUCGUAUUCUCGUAAUCAGUUUCAGAGAUUGAAGUUUUCCCAAAGCCUCUCUGUCAGAAUACCUUUCUUCUCUGAGUUUUCAAGCCCGAGGCUCGUUUCGGUUAAUGCUCAUAAUCCCAACCUCGAUUCGAACAAAACUGAUCAAAGUGUUUCGGAGUUUGGAUCUGGAACUGGAAGCGUGGCCCAUUCACAAGCAUGCACAUCCCCGUCUGCCGUCAUUGAUUUUCUCACGCUCUGCCAUCGCUUGAAGUCUACGAAACGGAAAGGAUGGCUCAAUCAUGGCAUAAAGGGUCCUGAAUCUAUAGCUGAUCAUAUGUAUCGUAUGGCAUUGAUGGCUCUAAUUUUUGACGAUAUUCCUGGUGUUAACCGGGACAGGUUAAACCUAAACAACACAGUAGCACUUGUGGGCUGUGGCUUUUCCCAACUUUCAAAUGAAUAUUUUAUAUCUCUGUGCAUCAAGAUAGCAAUUGUUCAUGACAUUGCAGAAGCUAUCGUUGGAGAUAUAACUCCAUCAGAUGGUGUACCAAAGGAAGAAAAGAGCAAAAUGGAGCAAGCGGCAUUGGAAGAAAUGUGCAAGCUCCUUGGUGGUGGAAUGAGAGCUGAAGAAAUCAAAGAACUUUGGCAAGAGUAUGAGAACAACACGUCUGUGGAAGCUUCUCUUGUUAAAGAUUUUGACAAAGUUGAGAUGAUUCUGCAAGCAUUGGAAUAUGAAACAGAGCAUGGGAAGAUCCUGGAUGAAUUUUUUCUAUCAACUGCAGGCAAAAUCCAUAGUACAGUCGGUAAAAAAUGGGCAGCAGAAAUCACUAGUAGAAGAAAUUCAGGACUGGCCAAAAGGGCUAACUAAUCAUCUUCUACUCCAAUUACUUGGUUGGCCUGUUGUAAUAACUUGGUCCCGACAGAUGAGAAUGUAAGAAAAUACUACUAGAUAGCAGCAAUAAUCACAAAAAAGUUGCAGUUGAA